CGAUUCCCUUCAGUCAGAGCUAGGAUGGCGCAGGCGUCGGCUGUCCCCUUUGUGCUGCUGCUGCUGCUGCUGGGUGCCUCCGCGGCGAUGCCGGGGGGCGCCCGGGAGGUGGACGUGCGGAGCGGCCAGGCCCGCGAGGCGGCUCGCUUCGCCUUGGCCGAGACUUUCCAGAGCGACAAGGCGGGCUCCGGAGGUGGCCGUCGCCUUUGGACGCUGCGCUCAGCCCAGACGCAGGUGGUGAAUGGAAUCAAGUACUACCUGGAUGUGACUCUCCUGCAGAGCAGUCAGUGCAGUGGGAAGCAGGCUGUGGGGCAAGAUGCUCCUAGUUGCCUCACUCCAGAAGAGCCGGAGCAAAUGUCAUGUCACUUUGAGGUCUGGAGCCAGCCCUGGGCAAACAGGAAGAGGCUGGUGAAGCAAGAGUGUCGCCUGGCUGAGCCAUCGGAGGUACUCCACGCAGCAAAACUGGGGGAGUGGGAAGUGUUCCGUCCGAAGGCACCUGCCAACGAAGUCGAGGAGUUAGCCCAGGAAGAGAGGUUUCUGCAGAAUGCCUCCACCCACCUGGUGCCCCUCUUCAAGGAGUUCAUGACAACUUAUGAAAAGAGCUACAAGGACAAGCAAGAGACCGAGAGGCGUUUCCGGAUCUUUGCAGAGAAUCUGGAGAAGGCCCGGCUAAUUCAGGAACUGGAUCAGGGCACGGCAGAAUACGGUGUCACCAAGUUCAGUGAUCUGACAGAGGAGGAGUUCCGCUCCACGUACUUGAACCCACUGCUGUCCCAGCUGCCUGGUCGGCCAAUGAAACCAGCCACCAUCCCUAAUGACCCACCCCCUGAUGCAUGGGACUGGCGGGACCACGGGGCUGUCACAGGUGUCAAGAACCAGGGUUCCUGUGGCUCCUGCUGGGCCUUCUCUGUGACGGGCAAUGUGGAAGGGCAGUGGUUCCUCCGCAAUGGCACUUUGGUUUCCCUCUCUGAGCAAGAGCUGCUGGACUGUGACUCUGUAGACAAAGCCUGCGGAGGAGGACUUCCAUCCACGGCCUACCAGGCCAUCGAAGGGCUGGGCGGCCUGGAGACAGAACGUGAUUACAGUUAUGAGGGGUUUGAGCAGAAGUGCGGCUUCUCCAAGGAUAAGGUGGCUGUCUACAUCAAUAGCUCUGUAGCAAUCUCCCGGGAUGAGACAGAGAUCGCUGCCUGGCUGGCUAAGAACGGCCCUAUUUCCAUUGCUCUGAACGCCUUUGCCAUGCAGUUCUACAGGAGGGGAGUUUCCCACCCCUUCUUCCUGCUGUGCAACCCCUGGAUGAUUGACCAUGCGGUCCUCUUGGUGGGCUACGGCACACGGGGCCGUACUCCAUUCUGGGCGAUCAAGAACAGUUGGGGAGAGAACUGGGGAGAGAAGGGCUACUACUACCUGUACCGUGGCAGCCACGCCUGUGGCAUGAACUCAAUGUGCAGUUCUGCAGUGAUAGAGUAAGCCUCUCGGGCCCCUUGGCUGCCUCCGGUCCAAAUCAUCAACUUGCUGGCUUUCCAACCAGCACCAAGAUGAAGAUCGGAGCACCUUCCCUGUACAUUAUUCUAACCCUGUUUGCCCAUUUCCAUUUCGAAACAGCCCUGGUUAGGCCUAGUGCAUAACUGAGAAGAUCUGGCCCCUGCUGCUGCUGCCUGCUGCUAUGAACGGUAAAGACUAGAGGUAGCAUGUCCUAGGAUAGGACCUUAACCUUGCUGAGAUCCUGCAACCAGGUCAGGAUUGGUGUUGGGUGUGUGUUUAAAGGGUGCUCCCCUUUCCAGUAGGAGCAGAUUCCUUCCCCCGACCCUCAGUGAAGGGGUACUUGGUGCCUGGGCAGAUGCACAGAGGAUGGUAAAGGGGACUUGCUCCUCUGAAAUGGUUAGGUCAUCAGCUGCUCCUCGCUGUGAGCCUCCUCUUUUACCUUGGUCAAUCCUGAACUGCUUUUUGGAAGGCAGACUGGGAAUUGGGGCUGGGGAGGAAGGGGCAGCGAUCUAACUACCAGCUCCCAUCCCAACCCCCUCUCCAAAAAGCAGGUCUUAUUACUGUUUUCUAACCAGAGGCCUCUUAAAUUUGGGCCAUAGCUCAGUGGAAGAGCACCCACUUUG